UCGAAGAUAAACGGCUAUAGAAUACUUAAAUAGGAACUAAAAAUAUAAUUUGCGAUUAUUUUUAAAUUAUUGCUAAUAUUGAAGACGUGUCAAGUUUUACCAGAAUAUACGAGUGCUUAGAUAGUAACAGCUGGAGAUAACAUACUCUAUUCCAAUUGUCAAAACUUUGGAACUCUUCUACCUCAGAUCAAAAUACAUAAAUGGCUUAAUUCUUAUUAAAAAGGAAAUAAAAUGAUGGACCACAAUUCAAACGACGACUAUGAUUAUCUUACUAGUAACAUAUUUGAUGCUACUGAACAAGGUGAUGCAUAUAAAGUUAGGCAUUUCAUAGAAAAUGGAGCCGAUUUGAACGAUGCUAGAAAUGGCAUUUCGCUUAUUCAUCACGCAGUCAUUUCUGAUCGUCCAGAGAUAGCAGCCAUGUUGAUUGAAUCCGGUGUCGAUUUAAAUGUUACUGACAAAAACGGAAAUAAUCCGCUUCAUUUGGCUGUUUUAAAGAAUCGCAUAAACGUAGCCAAAGUAUUGAUUCAAAACGUUACCUGGGAUGUUAAUGCUACAAACAACAAAGGUGAAUCAGUAUUAGAAGCAAUCCAACGAAAUUCACGAAGAUUUUCCAAUUGGUCCAACUUUGAAAAAUUACUACAUGAAGCUUCAGCCCUAACCUACCCACAAUGUGCCUCCACGUCUAUUCAAGGUAAUACUUCUACAUUGACAGAGGAUUCCGACGACUAUCAAGAAUCAAAUUUAUCUACUGCAAGUACAUCAUAUGCGUCUUCAGGUUUAAAAACCUCAUUACACGGAACCGUAUAUCAGUUGUUACUUUUAAUGUUAUUUACUUACAGAGCUCUAAAAAAUAAUUACGCGUAUUUUGAUAUUGCUACCGAAUUGGAUAUUGCUGAAAAAUUUGAUGACGUUGUUAUUAAAUACAGAAAAACUUUUCAAGAUAUCCGAUGUAGAUGGCGGUUUUUACAGGCCAAACACAAACAGGACAUUGAAAAACAUAAAAUUACGGUGAACAAAUUAACUACUAAGGACGAGAAAGGAGAAUACAGUGUGCCGAAGUAUUUUUUGUCAUUCUGUAAAAUCAAAUCAAACCCAGAAUAUCAUGAUAGUGAAUUUGAAGAACUGGAUCUUUGCACAAACACCGAUUUUGAUUUUAAAACGAGUAAUAAACGCAACCAUGGUGGUACACUAGUAGCACAUAAAACUAACGAAGACAUCGCUAAAUGGAAAAAUUACUUCAUAAAAGACGAUAUUAACCAAGAUGAUAUACUAUAUUUAGAAGAAAGCACAGGUGCACUAAAGUACAAGAAGUACAAAUUUUGUCCAAGCGUUAAAGACGACUUGUUACAAUUUAUGAAAAUAAAUUUUUUAGAAAAUGUUUUGACUUCCAAAAAUUGUGAAAAGUUUCCAUCUAUAGAAGAAUAUUUGUCAACAGUAAAAGUAUUGGAAAACAAAUCUGUUAUAACAGAUACAAUAAACAGCGUAAAAUUAGAAAUGGCUUCAGCAAAAACAAAAACGUCAUUAGAACAACUUUUAAAACGUAUAAUUGCAUUAGAAGAUGCAAUUUCAGAUACAGUAAAAAAAGUAAGGAAAGUAAAAAAAGGAAAGAAAGUAAAAAAAGAAAAGAAAGUAUCUGCAAGUAAGAGUACAACGAAACUUUCGUUCAACCAAUUAGUCAGUAAUUUGCAAACCACCAUUGGAAAAAUUGAAACGAUAGUAAAAGACGAAGAAAGCAAAAUGGAAGAGUAUCUAAAAACAACCUCUUCUCUUGGCAGUCGCUUACAUCAAGAACGUCACACGCUUAUCAAGGAUGAAGAAAAUUUAACUAACUUUUUAAAGAAAGUGCCACAAUGUCUGACAAUAUCUGACAUUUGCAGUGAAAUUAAUAGUGCGGGAAUAACUAACAAAUUUCCAAAAAAAACUUUGGGAACACUCGAAUCACCUAAUGCAGAUCUAGAAGAGACAAAAAACUUGGUACAAGAGAAGUGUCAGAAUAUGAUUACUAACACAGUAGCAAUAUCAUUGUUAUUAGAUGAUUAUAAAUUCGAUAGUAAUAUUAAAGAAUUUAUUGAUAAGUUUCGUAUUAUAACGAAUUAUCCGAAUGUUGAUGAGUUGAAUACAUUUUUAAGUAAGGAACUGGGAGUAACAUUCCAACUGUUAAAUGCUGAUUUAGUGACACAUUCGUUUCAAAAAGAAAUUCUUGAUUUUUUUAAGCAAUACUUUGAAAGAUACAGUGACUAUCUCGGUAAAAAUAAAGUUAAAAAGUUUUUUAGCACAUUAAAUAAAAAAAUUCAUACUCUAAUGGCAUCUGGCCUUAAUAAAGCUUAUCCCGAAAAAUUAAAAGCGCUAGACAUAAAUUUCCAAAACGAUCUUGAUUGUGUCAACGAAUUUUUAAAAUCUAACAAACAUUUUUUAUUUUUAUUGGCAGAUUCAUCGCGAUUUGCCUCCAUUCAUUUACUUCAGACCUUAGAGAACUCUAAUAAUUUUAGAGCGCAUGACAGUUUUGUAUUUUUAAGACUCAGGACACUCCUUCUGAAAGAUAUACGACAGCUUGUCAUAGAUUCUUUUAGCUCGGAGAAAAGUCAUAAUUUGUUAAUUAUUGAAUACCAGAAUAAACUGUUGGUCGACAACAGUGUAUGGAGAAAAUUGUUUAAUAAAUUUAAAACCAUUAUUGAAAGACACGCAAAUAACUCGAAAAAAGUCAUUUUCAUACUCAAUAAAAACGACAACUCAAUUAUAAAUUUGAAUCACGAUAAUAACGUUAGAAUUGAAGAACUUCAAACGGACUUUCAAGAUCUAACUAAACAAUCACAAAGUAACUUAUUAAAAAGAAAAUGCUCUUUUCAAAAUUUUUCAGUUUGUUUUAACGAACUUAUAAAUCAUGAAACUGCAAGAUCAAUAUUUGACAACCAGAGUUUAACAAAGCUAGUUGAAGGUAAAAUUAUUGAGAUAGGAAAUGACGAUGCUUUCUAUUUUAAUGAUUAUAUCCAAGAAUACUAUAUAGAAAGAAACCUGUACAUGCAAAGAAUUCACCACAGCAUUUUCAAAAACGCCGAUAAGGAGGAGUUGUUUUUCAUUACCGCAGUCAAUGAAAAAGUAUUAAACGCAUUUAUUCAUGAAUACAAUCUCGACGAAUCGGACAUUAAUGGAGUUAUAUGGUACAAAGAAGGCGAUGAAGACAACAGAGAAGACGAAGAAUUUAUACAAAGAGAAUUUUAUAGAAUGAACAUCAGUUCUACGGUAACAUCGCUACAUUGGCUAGAUUGUAAAGACAAUAAUCUCUUUUGGAAAAAAUCUAAAGGUAAUAUGGCUACAAUUAUUAACAACAUUGACAAAGAUUAUAUAUGCACUGAUCAUUAUUUUCACGAAAAUUUCUUUAGUGUGCCUACAAACGUAAAAAGCAAAAUAGUAAUUAUUUCCAAUGAUUCAGGAGUAGGAAAAUCUACGUUCUUAACAGGGCUAUCACUAAAAAUGUUAAAACAAUCGAAUUCUUUGUGGGUCAUCAGAAUCAAUCUCAAUGAUUUUGCAUUUAAUAAAGAAAAACUGAAUGACAAAGAUGUUAGACACAAAAUACAAUCUUUAAGAGAAAUUACUUUCACAGAGAAUGAUAUUGCUUGUGCAAUUGACUAUUUUACAGAAAUGGCAACAACCAACGAUUUUGUAAAAGAUUCUUUUCAGAAACGCCUCUUAAAAUUUAGUUUAGAAGAGAGAUCAACAAGAUUCAUGGUUCCUAAGGUUGUUGUUUUGUUCGAUGGCUUCGAUGAGAUUAGUCCAACUUAUACAAAACAAACGAUUACAUUGAUUAAAAGCCUUGUACAAAGUAAUGUUACUCAAAUUUACGUCACGUCUCGUUUCCAUGAAAAGGAAAUGCUUGAAAAUGCUCUUCAGACUCUGGCAAUUUUGAUUAAGCCUUUAGACGAAGAAGAGCAAACUUCGUUUUUAUGUAAGUUUUGGAAAUAUAGUUUAAAAUUUUUUGAAGAGGACAAUGUGCAAGAGUUACAUAAAAAAAUUUCCGAGUAUGUAACAGAACUGCAAAUUAUUUUAGAUGCAAACGAGAUAAACGACACAAUAACAAGUAUUUCUACAGAUCCUUUGACCCUUAGUCAUAAUCUAAGGAGUUAUGUAGAUGAUAUAAAGUUUGAUAAGAUUGCUAGGAAUCUACUAAACAAAUGGAAGAAUAAAAUUAUCGAUGGAAAUACUUCCUUCGUUAUCGUCCCUCUCCAUUUGAGGAUGUUGGCAGAAAUUGUAUUUUACGACAAAUUUCAAAUCGGAGAUGAUUUUAAAUUACUUAAUCUUUACAACAGAUUUGUAGAAAUAAAAUACGACAUUUUCUAUGACGAAAAGAAAAAUUUAGGAAAUACAGUUGCUUCUGAAGAUAUACGAGAAAGAGAUUCCAGUUGGUUACGAGAAAAAUUUCGCAUAAUUUCCUGCCAAGUUUUAUUUCCGGAUAUAUACAAGGAUAACUUUGUUCAUAAUAUUAGAGUGCAACUAGCCAGAAUAGGUUUAUUAAUUUUAAAGGGAGAUCGUCUUGAUUUUAUUCAUAGAAGCUUUACAGGAUUCUUUUUCAGCGAACACGUUGUUUGUUAUUUUUCUGCACAAAUUACACAAUCUAUUUUAUUUAAGACUGUCUUAUACGAAGAAGCAUACAAUUUUGUUCGAGAAUUCUUCAAUAGUCAAUUGGAAGAAAGUGACUUAAGUAAAACAGAAUUAUCAAAAGAAGUUGCAAAAGAAAUACCAAUAAUAGAGAAUAGGGAUACAAUUCUACAUGUUGUUGCACACGAGGGUCAUUUAAAUAUCGCUCAACUAAUAAUCGAAAAAUUACUAACACACCCAAAAAUCCUGGAAAAAAUGCUUUUGACAAACAGUAAAUUUGACGGAGUUUUUCAUGAAAUUUUGUACACAUUUCCUCGCCGUAACUCGAGAGCUAAACCAGAAAUGCUUACGGUAUUAAUAAAACAACUAGACGGCCACUAUGAUAUCUUAGAGAAAGUUAUGACUAGCCUAUCAGAAACCACUGGUAAUAUAUUGGUCGGAACUCAAACAGAAUUUACCCUUUUAGAAAAGAUUUUAGUAUUAAGACGUAUAGAUUUAUUUCAAAUAGUGUUACAAGUUGGGAAAAAUAAUUUGACAACUUUAAGGAAGAUACUUUUGGCAAAUAAAAAUGGUUUAUUGAAUAUAGUUUUUAUAUGUUACUCACCCAGAGAAGAGAUAGAACUUUUUUCCAAAGUGAUGAAUUUAUUAUACGAAACCAUUGACGAACAAUCACUAUUUAAAGAAAUUCUAUUAGAAUCCAAUAAAGACAAGCAUACAGUUCUUCAUAUUGCGGCCAACCGUACAUCAAGUCCCCUAUUUUUACCCUUAUUGGAAUGGUUGAAGAAUAUAGAGAUAAAAUUUCCUGGUAUUACGCAAAGUAUGUUACUGGCCAAAGAUAAACAAGGGCUUACACCUGUAGAACUAGCUGUUUACAACGAAAAUGUAGACGUAACACGUUUAUUGGAAUUUGUUAGAGCAUUUUUCUAUCAAUUGUUUAAAGAGCUCAUAUCAUUAAACUCAAACAAAAAUAUUCUAUACAAAUCUAUUACUCAAGGAAGGACAAGUAGCACCGAAUUAUUAUUGGAAUGGUUUUUUGAAAAUGUCGACAGCAUACACUUGAAGAAUAUACUCUUAAAAACAGUAAAUCUUGGAAGAACAUGUUUACAUUUAGCUUCAGCUCGAAAUCAUCAUUCCACCGUCAAAGUUGUGUUGGAGUUUUUGCGAAAACUAAACAAUAUACAGCCAUUUAGUAAUAUUUUAAUCGAUAUGUUGUUCCUAACUGAAACCAUAAAUGGCCGAACACCAUUCGCUAAUGCGCUCCCUUGGAUUUCGGAUGAAACACUCAACGUAUUUUUAAAUUUUUUCGACGAAAAUUUACAUAUCGAUGUAAUCAAAGACAUUAUAAGUCAACGUGACAAUCAUGGAGGUACCUGCUUACACAUAUUAGUAGAAUCACAAACACCCUUUAUCAAAGCCAGCAAAUUAGAAAAGAAACAAAAAUGUCUUCUAAUGUUAUUAACUUAUAUUUUAAAUAAACACGGGAUUGAAUUUGUACAAGAUUUAAUUAUUUCUGGAGAUAACGAUGGCAAGGCAGCUACACAUACACCAAAUCAGGUUCUAUUAGAUUUUAUCUACGAACAUACAAACAUAUCUUAUCACAAAACAAUGUUUUUUAAAAGAAAUAAUUAUGGGACAACACUUUUUGACAUUCUCAUGCAUCCUAGUGCAGACGCACAGAUAGUUUCAAAAGCAAAACCAAAAAUGGAUUGCAUUAUACAAGAACUGACCAACCCCACAGGCCUUAAUAUAACUUUUACUGAAGAUGAACUUGAAAAAAUAAAAAUAUAUAUUAACAUGUUUAAUGUGACUUCAAAUAGUCAAUGUGAGUCUAAUGUCGAAGAAACCAGGACAGAAGAAAAUGCUCCAAUAUUUAUGUUGCCUUGGUACGUAUAACAUGAAAGGUUUUUACAUAUGUUUCCGUAAAGAAAUACAUAAAAUACAAGCUGAAAAUGCGAGCAUUAUCAUAACGAAAACUUUGUAUAUUUACGUAUUUUAAUUCAUAAUAUGGAAAAUUUCUAUUAUGAAAAGUAGUUUAGAAUUAAUAACUAUGUUUUAAUGUGCAAUUAUAUCAUUCUAAUUUAAAUAUUAUGAACUAUAAAGGUAGUUUACUCUUGAUCGAAAUUCAUAUUUUUUAUAUACCUCGUAUAACAUUAAUAAAAUUUUAUACAAGGUGUCCCAAAAGUAGUGGAACGGUCGAAUAUUUCGCGAACUGAACAUCGGAUCGAAAAACUGAAAAAUACGUGUUCAAUCAUUUUCAAAAAUCUAUCCAAUGACACCAAACACCAACCUCCACUACACCCCCUGGAGGUGGGGUGGGGGGUAACUUUAAAAUCUCAAAUGGAAACCCCUAGAUUGUCUUGCAGAUUUGGAUUCGUUACGUAAAAGUAAGCAACUUUUAUUCAAGACAUUUUUUCGAACUGUGGAUAGAUGGCGCUAUAAUUGGGAAAAACGAUUUAUCCUGAUACCAUGGGUAAAUUAUAGAAACAGUCUAAUAUCUCGAGAAAUACACUUCCAAAUGAGAAACCAAACAA